UAAUUCUACCAACAAUAUCAUUAAUUUCUUCAUACAACUUGUUAUUUCUCUCUCUCUCUCUCUCUCUUUUAAUUGGUUCGAUACUCUUCCUAAAAAUAAUUUAGAUUAGCGAUCGAAGUUCUUCUAAUUCCAUGGGUUUGUUUGGAAAAUUAUCGGCAACAAUAGAGAUAAAAUCAAACGGAGAUUUGUUCCACGACCUAUGGCGCCACAAUCCGCACCAAGUCUCCGGCAUCACACCCGACAAAAUUCAAAGUUGUGAUCUCCACGACGGCGACUGGGGAACUCAUGGAUCUACGAUCUUCUGGAAAUAUAAACAUGAUGGGAAAGAGAAGGUUGCGAAGGAAAUAGUCGAAGUUGACGAAGAGAAAAAAUGUGUGACGAUGAAGGUGGUCGAAGGAGAUUUGUUGGACCUCUACAAGACCUUCACUGCGCACGUGCGCGUAGACACCGGUAACGGCGCCAGCAGCCAUUUUGUCACGUGGGAGUUCGAGUACGAGAAGCUAAACGACGACGUCGAGGACCCUAUCUCUUUGUUGCAACUUCUCAUUCAAAUGACCAAAGAAAUCGACUCUCAUCAUCUUGAAAAAUAUAUAAUCAGUAUGGGUUUGAUGGGCAAAUUAUCAGCACAGAUUGAGAUAAGAUCAGAUGGAGAAUUAUUUUACGAAUUGUUCAGACAAAAUCCACACCACAUUUCCAGAAUCUGUCCCGAUAUAAUACAAAGCGUCGAAUAUCUCCAGGGAACCUAUGGAUCCCCAGGCUCCAAAGUGUUAUGGAAAUACUUACAAGGUGGAAUUGAGAUGAAGUCGAUAGAAUCAGUUGAGGUAGAUGAUGAAAAAAAGAGUGUUAAAUUCACUGCGAUCGAUGGCAUUUUGUUGGAAACCAACAACGCUUUUACUACAUCCGUUAGACUCGACGAUUCGCACGUUGUCACGUGGCUUCUAGAAUACGAGAAGCCAAACCACGACACCCCGGACCCUAUCCCGUUGCUCGAACAAGUUAUUCGCAUAACCAAAUACAUCGAGGCUUACCAUCUCGACACUCAUCCAAAUUAAAUAAAUAAUUAUCUAUCGCUAAGAUUACAAAAUAAAUAAAUAAGUUGUGCAUUGUUCGCGAGGUUUCUAUCUGUGCGACGUUGUUGUUGUCGCGAUAUAUAAUGUAUGUUUCCGUAAGGCUAAAAUAUAUGAUUCUG